ACUGGUGCUCUGACACACACACAGACACACACAUAAACACAACUUCAUACACACACACACACACACACACACACAUACACACACUCAGACAUACUGCAAACUCUCCACAGGAAACUCUGAGCCAUAAUGCGAAGGCACCUCAGAGCAGACGGGUGCAUUGCUCAAACCAAGUGGGAUCCGCUGCGGCUUUGAUAGUGCGUUAAUUACUCAUGUGAUGUGAUACAGAUGUCUGGGGGCUUCAGCCGAAAGUUUGCCUGACGCUUUCCAAGGGGGCCAGGCAGACAUUUUAGAAGAGUGAUAUAUUAGGACAGUCUUUCAAUCAGUGAAAUCAAAGCGCCAAAUGUGUUCCAUAAUGGGCAGCCCAGCUGUGCAUAUGUUCCUGCUAAUGGCCUGUAUGGCAGCCAGAGGAAUGUGCCAGACAAACCGAGCUGAAGUAGAGGAGGGCUUCCUUGUCCAUUCCACCCUCCACUCUCCAGCUUUCCACAGCACCACCAGGAGUCCCAGCACGAAGCCAGGCAUGUACCUGAAGGACAGAGGGGCCGGUGCUCAGGCCGUGGUAUCUGCCAAUGAAGGAAAUCAAACUGUCGGAAAGGAGCGACUUCCGAUGUGCCUUGAAAAGACGACUAUUAAUCACUAUUUCAAGUACAUCAACACCUUCAUUUCCAUUUUAGUGUUUGUGGUCGGCCUGGUCGGCAAUGCCACCCUGCUGAGGAUUAUUUACCAGCACAAGUGCAUGAGGAAUGGGCCCAAUGCUCUCAUUGCCAGUCUGGCACUAGGGGACCUUAUCUACAUUAUCAUUGGCAUACCCAUCACUAUUUACAAGCUCCUGGCUGGAAAUUUUCCAUUUGUCGACAGUCCUGUUGGCAUGUAUCUGUGUAAGCUGCUGCCUUUCCUGCAUAAAGCAUCAGUGGGCAUCACUGUUCUCAACCUGUGUGCCCUCAGCGUGGACAGGUACCGCGCUGUUGCAUCCUGGAGCAGAGUUCAGGGCGUGGGCAUCCCUCCCUUCACUGUCAUUGAGAUUCUGUCCAUCUGGGUUCUGUCACUCUUCCUUGCAGUGCCCGAGGCCAUCUGCUUCGAAAUAAUAAGCUUUGAAUACAUGAACCAAACCAUACACACCUGCAUGCUCAACCCCAAGACGGAUUUCAUGAGGUUUUACGUAAAAGGAAAGGACUGGUGGCUGUUUGGCUGCUACUUCUGUGUACCUCUGGCCUGUAUUGCUGUCUUCUACACUCUGAUGACGUGUGAGAUGUUAAACCACAGAAAAGGCAGCCUGCGGAUAGCCCUCAGUGAGCACCUGAAACAGAGGAGAGAGGUAGCCAAAGCUGUCUUCUGCCUUGUCCUCAUUUUUGCCCUCUGCUGGUUCCCACUGCACCUCAGCCGGAUCCUUAAGGGGACAGUCUACAUCCCCAAUGAUGAGAGGCGCUGUGAGCUGCUCAGUUUCCUGUUGGUUAUGGAUUAUCUUGGUAUAAACCUUGCAACAAUCAACUCCUGCAUAAACCCCAUUAUCCUCUACUUUGUCAGCAAGAAGUUCAAAAACUGCUUCAAGUCGUGUUUGUGCUGUUGGUGUUACUCUGAAAGCCAGCUGAGCAGCAUUGGACCCAUGAAUGGUACCAGUAUUCAGUGUAAGAGCCCAGAGCCCAACAACCUGCACACUGACCGAAGCAUCAGGAAGGACAGCGAUUGAUCUCUCAGCUGAGGAACAUCUGAAUAUUUCAAGCACUCCAAUAUAUCCAGCCGCUUUAAAUGCAAUAUAUGCUCAUUUUAAAAUGAAUACAUCAAAAAGAUUAGAAAUGGACAUCCUAAGGACCACUGAGGCAACAUAUGAGCCUUUCAGCGAUGGAUCAGGAACUGGAGUUAAAAGGGACAAACAAUAGAUCUGGUGCACAAUGCUCUGAAGUUACUAAGUCCUCUCAGCAAGCAAAACUUCCUAAAAAACAAACUCCUUGUAUUCCCACCAAUGACAGCUAACACUGUAGCCAGAGAGAAAGGAGGGAGUGGAAUGAAGAGGAGGACUACUCUUUAACAGGAUGCAGCUGAACAGUGACUAUAAAUGACUUUCAAUCAGUAGCUGAGCGUGCUAUUCCUGUAAAGGGCAACACUACAGGGAAGGAUGCACAAAGCUACAGGAAGGGAAAACAGACCGCUUGCUGUCAGAGGGAAUGAUGGGGGAUGAGUAUGUUCUGUCCCCAGGAGUUCAUUUUUCAUCGGCAGUGGAAAACAGGAAAGUAUGUUACAGACCCGAGCAAGGAUUAAUUUUCCAUUAGACAUGUACAGUGUAUUCUACUCACACUUAGCUAAGCUUCAUUGUGGUAUAUUGAGAAGACAAAGUUCUUUAGCGUCAAAUUUGACUCCUACUGCUUGACAUAAAACUUGCUCUGAUUCAACAGAAAAAGUUGUCAAAUUUAAUCCGUGUUUCUGACAUGAUAUUCUGCUUCAAGAAAUCAUAAUCCACAAACUUCUGGUUAUUAAUCCAGAAAUGAUAAAUCUCACAACAGAAUCAAGUCUAGUCCCAGAACAAGACAAAUAGCAUUGAAAUAAAAUCAAGUACAAGGUUGAAAGUUUAGGAGCAGAUAGAGCACAGGGCUGUGUUUUCACAUCACAUGUCAAACAAAUGAUAAGUAAGAAAUUAUGACAGGUCUGAUAUCAUGUUAGACCAAAAACUGUGAAUUUUAAUAGAUAUAACCAACACUUGUUGUGACCUACUUGCUUGUAUAACCAAUGGAAUAUCUAAAUAUAUAGUGUCCACUUUUAUAAAGUGUUUUACUGUGGUAACAAGGAUUUUACUCUGACGGCAUCACAUGUAAUGAUGGAGGGUAAUUAGUUUUUGUUGUGGUGGUAAGUGCUCCAAAUAUAAAAUGAUGGUAUGACAAUUUUGGAAAUGACUCUCAAUGGCUUUCUUGCAAAGCAGUAGAUAAGAAGAUGAGUACCACUCUUAUAUAUGUACAAAAGUUAUUUAGCCAGACCUGAAAAUGUUUGUUUGCGUAUAACGCCUUAUUUCCACUUGAAUGUGUACACAGGCAGGCAGAGCAUAAGUCAAUUUAUUCCUAUGGGAAUCUCUGUGAUAUUUAAUGUGCCUGGGAAACUCCACCCAUCCAAAAUAUUUUGGUCUAGAAUCUGACUCAAGUAAGUCCCAAAAUAAAAUGGAACUUUUCUGAGGAUUUCAAAUGACAGCAGCUAGCUUAGCUACCAGGCUUCUAGCUAGCUAACAGACUAUUUCCCUCAAUUCAGUUGCCUAUGUUGAUUAUGACGUUAGUUUGUGUUAUUUAAAAGAACAUUUUAUCUUUAAUUUACAAACUCUGAAUUUGAAUAAUGUUCUGCUAAAAUAUGGUCCUGUAUUCUUAACAACCGGAUAACAAAAAAUGGGGAUUUAGCCUGUUUCUUAGGCAGUUUCUGUCAGGUUUCUGUUCAUCGUUUAAAAUUUUAAAUCGUUUACUUCCUUGUGUUAGACACUAGAGACAUCAUCCAUAUUAUUUAAGGGUCCACAGACACCAGUCACAUACAAAUGGAAACAAGGCGUAAAGACUACAACAUGUUAUAGCUAGUGAGAUUUAUUUGUGUAAAGCCAAAACAUAAAACUAGAAAAAAAACGUUUUUUUGAGGUUUAGCAAGCAUACAGCCAGCCACUAACAGACUGAUAUAACACCUGUAUAUCAGCAGCUAUAUAGCGGCUGUCCAUAGCUAAGCAUCAUAAACCACAAACUAGAUUUAACAUGCUUUAAGUGAGCUUGAGAGGUGUCUGAGGAUAGAUUUUGUUUUCUCCAAAGUCAAGCUGUUUCCCCUUGUUUCCAGUCUUGAUGGCUGUAAAGCAGCUAACUGUGCUGGGAGUAGCUCAAAAUUUAAGUGAAAUAGAGUUAGGAUUUAUUAAAAAAUAAAAAAAAGUGAAUAGAGUUGUUUCCAAAAGUACAAAAACUCUCAUUUUUAUGUGGAGAUCAUAGUCUGCCAACAAAAAACUAUACUGCCUUAUACUGUUUGAUAUGUGAAUAAAUGUAAACCUGUGUGUGACUGAAUGUGUUUUAACAUAUGUGUUAGCACUGUGUGUAUAUUUAAUUGCACUUCUUUUGAUGGGGUGUUUUGCACACGUGUGUACAGAAGAACAGGCCAUAUCUGUACAGUGUUAUUUAACCACUAAUCAUCAGAGCAAUUUCAAAUAAUCUGUUGAGAUUCAUAUCUUCUUUGUAAUUGUUUAACCAUGAUAAUGCUGCUGCUUAAUCCAAUAAAUCAAUGUUCAUCUCCA